CGGUCUCGCACUGUCGAAAGACUUCCAACACCGUCACGUUCGAACAACGUUGCAGCUCUGAUGACUCCGACUCUCACCUGCAUCCUUUAGUUUAGGUUAACCUUCGUUGCCUCUCAUUGACUUCCUGCGAUUGGCCUCUCAGAUGUGCAAGAAUACCAAGUCUGGCGAAACGAGCCAGGGAUCGAGGAGAACACCGCGUGGUGCUCGCGGAAGCAAAGUUUCGUCGUGGAUUGCGCGCGGCGACUUCCUGCGCGCUCAUCUGGACGGAACUGUCGCUGCAAUAGGCAAAGGAGCAGUGAUCGCCGACGCGUACUCUGCAUUUUAUGGAGGUCUCGCUUCCGUCGACCCUGACAUAAAUUGGACUCGUCCUCGCCCGACCCAUUCUCAUCCCUUUCCCCAACCUCCACCAUUGGCCUUCCGCUCUUCGCCCCGCGCUUUACUCCUACACUAUCGAUUCUCAUAGUCUGAAUUUAUGGGGCGUUUCUGUCCAACGCCUAGCCCUACAUUCGCUCCUGGCCAUCCACUUCCGCGCGACUCAGGCCGCCUCCCUGCAUAUCGCGAGAGCCACAUGCGGCGAUUCCACCCAUAUCCUAGAUAUCCCCAGCCCUCGUGGCAGCAGUACGAGCAUUUGAUGCAAACCGUGGACAAUCGUCAGGAUAACCCCUCAAAGAUGCGUGGGAUAUGUCUUCGUUGUUCGUCAUCGACGAGGUCGAGGAGGAAGACCUGGCUAACUUGGAACGAGCGCUCUCGAACCAAGUCCCUGCGAGCAAGCGACGCCGUCGUCUGUCUGCAUUGGUCAUUGAGCUUGCACUCGCCAUCAAGCAUAAAGUGACCUCGCACAUGAUACGCUCGCCAACAUAAGCAAACCAUCAUGGCGACCGUCUGGUGCGACCUGGACCAGACAACUUCAAAAUGCUCACGAGUCACGGAAAAUGUAGAACGGACUUCUUGGUGUAUCAUAGCUCUCUGUUUUUGGAUUUGCUUUGUCACUCUCUUGCUCUGAUGAAUAUGCUGAUCUUGCUCACGCUUUCCAUACUAAUACUGCGUCAUCUCAAUUGCUAGUUCGUGUAUCAUACGCAGUCUUGAAGUUGAAUGGAUAGACCACGCUCGCUGAUGUUGAUGUGACUGUUGUUUGGACCAGCCGUUCUCGGUAGUGGUACGUUGCGAGGCGUGCUUCAUGGGCCCUUCGACCGAGAGUUGGCAAUGGCAUGGACGUACAACGGAAGCAUCGAGGCUGGUCUCAAGCAGCACGAGCUG